GGCUUUCUGACCUGGUCAGCAGCUUGGUGAUCAGCAGUGAGGGAGAGAGAAACAAGGAGAGAAAAACAACAGACCCUUUCUCUUCCCUCCGCCUGCCGCUGGAAGGGACGGAGCGCUUGUGCCUCUCUGGACGUUUCGGAGCUUCUGGACUACGUUUCCCAGGACGCACUGCGCCCCGCCCCGCCUAGCGCCUCGGGAAAGUCGUCCCGUGAGUCUCUGGGCGCAGAACUCCGCCUCCGCCGCCGGGGGCGUGGCGACGUCGGACUCCCGGAGCGCUUGAUUACGCACUUCCUCCCGGGGGUCGGGGCCAAAUCGUUGUGUGGAGGGUUCGAGUCCCGCCUCUUGACUCUAGCCUCAAGCCCUGGAGUCCGGGGCGGGGCUCAUUCGCCGGGUAACUUCUCCACGGCGAGGGGCGGCGGCACACCUUGGGCUUCAUCAUGGAGGACUACCUGCAGGGUUGUCGAGCUGCUCUGCAGGAGUCCCGACCGCUACAUGUUGUGCUGGGAAAUGAAGCCUGUGACCUGGACUCCAUGGUGUCAGCUCUCGCCCUGGCUUUUUACUUGGCAAAGACGACUGAGACUGAGGAAGUCUUUGUGCCAGUUUUAAAUAUAAAACGUUCUGAGCUACCUCUACGAGGCGACAACGUCUUCUUCCUUCAGAAGAUGCACAUUCCAGAGUCCGUCUUGAUUUUCCGGGAUGAGAUUGACCUGCAUGCAUUGCACCAAGCUGGCCAACUCACUCUCAUCCUUGUUGACCAUCAUGUCUUACCCAAAAGUGACGCAGCCCUAGAGGAGACAGUAGCAGAGGUGCUAGACCACCGGCCCAUCGAGCAGAAACACUGCCCUCCCUGCCCUGUUUCAGUUGAGCUGGUGGGGUCCUGCGCUACCCUGGUGACGGAGAGAAUCCUGCAGGGGGCACCAGAGAUCUUGGACAGGCAAACUGCAGCCCUUCUGCAUGGAACAAUCAUCCUGGACUGUGUCAACAUGGACCUUAACAUUGGAAAGGCAACCCUAAAGGAUAACAAAUAUGUGGAGAAACUGGAGGCCCUCUUCCCAGAUCUGCCCAAGAGAAAUGACAUCUUUGAUUCUCUGCAAAAGGCAAAGUUUGAUGUAUCAGGACUGACCACUGAGCAGAUGCUGAGAAAGGACCAGAAGACCAUCUCCAGACAAAGCACCAAGAUGGCCAUUAGUACAAUAUAUAUGGAUUUGGAGGCCUUUCUGCAGAGGUCUGGCCUUAUUGCAGACCUCCAUGCUUUCUGCCAGGCUCACAGCUAUGAUGUCUUGGUCGCCAUGACUAUCUUUUUCAACACUCACAAUGAGCCAGUGCGGCAGUUAGCUAUUUUCUGUCCCCAUGCAGCGCUCCGAAUGACGAUCUGUGGUGUCCUGGAACGUUCCCAGUCUCCGUCCCUGAAGCUGAGCCCUGUCCCAAGCUCCCACCCUAACCUCCAAGCCUAUCUUCAAGGCAACACCCAGGUCUCUCGAAAGAAACUUCUGCCUCUGCUCCAGGAAGCCCUGUCAGCGUAUUUUGACUCCAUGAAGAUUCCUUCAGGGCAGCCUGAGACAGUGGGUGUGUCCAGGGAUCAGGUGGACAGGGAAUUGGACAGGGCAGGGAACUCCCUGACUCCUGGACUGAGUCAAGAUGAGGAGGAGCCUCCGCUGCCCCCCACACCCAUGAACAGCUUGGUGGAUGAGUGCCCCCUGGAUCAGGGGCUGCCUAAACUCUCGGCCGAGGCCAUCUUUGAGAAGUGCAGUCAGAUCUCGCUGUCACAGUCUACCGCUGCCUCCCUGUCCAAGAAGUGACCAUUGGGAGGGGAGGGGAUAGUGAGAGAGGUUGCUUGAACCACUUUGAAUGCAUGUUUUAAGAUGUUUCAGCAAUUCUGACUUUAUUGCUCUGGGAUCUGGUGUACCGUUCUCAGAAACCUGGGAGGAGAAAGAAGUGGAAGAAAGCAGCUGCUUUAGGAAUGGCUUUCUCCCUUGUCCCCCCAAUCUCAAAUCAGACACAUUUUAUUGUUUAAUUUAAAUCUUUAAAUCUGCACUGACUCUCCUCUAUUUCAUUUGCCACGGGCACAAUGUAAUACAUAGACAGUUCCAGCAGAGCAGCACAAAAAGAAUGUGUAUCCCAAAAGUGCCCUCAGUACCAAUCUCUCUCAUGGAAUCAGACAUUCAUGUAUUGAAUCCAUGUCUCCAGGUAUUCAUUUAGUCUCUUAUUAAUUCGAGUAUUUAUUGAGUCCCUACUUUAAGCUAGAUAGAAAAUAGAGUGUGCUUUGGAAACUUAUUCCGGUUGUUAGCCUUUAGCAGAUUUCUAGCUCCAUAAUUCCUCUUUCUGUCCCCAGUUUGGUAAUGGUGUCUGAUUCUGAGAUGGCUAAAUUUCUAUUCUGAACUUAUUGUAGCUCUUUCAAGAUUGUUUGGGAGCAGAUUGGAGACCAUUAUCAUCUGUCCUGAUCAGGUGGCCUGGCUUUCAGUUUCUUUGGAUCUCUCUGUCCCAGGGCCACAGGGUUCUGAAGAGACCCAGAAGACCCCUGGUUCUUGAGAGUUCAGGAGACACCCAGGAAGGCCUUAAGACCUUGUAGACACUCUUCCCAAAAGACAGCAAAACUGCCUUGAGAGCCCUGGCUCUGUCCCCUGCCUUGGUGGAUCAGUCAAUUUCUUGUCCAUCUCAUUGUCUUCUUGCUCAUAUUAAAAGGAUGAUACCGACUACCAUGAACUAUGUAUCUUUGGGCAAGAAACUCUAGGUCUCAUUUUUCCCAUCUGUAAAACUAAGGAUCUGGACUAGAUGUUCUCUGGUGUUCUGUGACCUGCCUCUUGCUGCCAUUGUUUCUCUCCUCUGCUUCUCUGGGUUUUUUUCCUGUUUUCCCUGGGAAUGCUCAGGGUCACUGGAUUGUCUGUAUUUGUAUGUGAUUGUACCAAGAGACUCAGCCUCAUGUAGCAUGUACAGGGAUAUGACUCGUACAUAGUGACCCAGCAAAGAGCUCCCUCCCACUGAUUUGUUCUGCAUGUGUAGAGACUCCCUUUUUUCUUCAGACCAACCUGUUCCCCCUUUUCCUACCCCAUAGCUCUGCUCCAUGAAAGUUGCCAGUGGUUUCACUGAACAGUAGGGUCUGUGAUGGUUUUGGCAUGACGUCUUCAGUGUUUGGGGGACAGUCUGACUUCACCUUGAGGGUGUGAUGUCUGUAGUCAUUGGAAGGUAAAAAUAGUGGUGUGAUUACUGAACCAAAGGAAUUUAUGUUUUGUAACUUGGGUACUUUAUUUUGCAUUUUGUUAAAGUAUUAAAUACUUUUUUCCUGUU